AAGCUGCUCCUAUAUGUGAAUAUUACAAUAGAAAUACCAUUUGCCAUGAGCCAGUAGUACCAGGGGGACGCAGAAAUAAAAUGUCUAAACCACCGUACAGACACGGUGAUUCUGUGACAUUUACCUGUGAUAUCCACUUCACCAUGAAAGGAAACAAAUCUGUUUGGUGCCAAGCAAAUAACACAUGGGGACCAACGCCACUACCAAUCUGUGAGAGUGAUUUCCCCCUGGAGUGUCCAUCACUUCCCAGGAUCUCCUAUGGACAUCACACAGGGGAGACUGUUGGCAAGUUUACCCCAGGAUUGUCUGUGACUUAUAGCUGUGACCCUGGCUACUUGCUUGUUGGACAAAAGACCAUUAAGUGUUUGUCUUCAGGAGACUGGAGUUCUGGCAUUCCCACAUGUAAAGAGGCACAGUGUAAAGAUCCAGGACCAUUUCUCAAUGGGCAGAUAGCAGGGCCUGAAAAGUUUCGGGCUGGCGUAACUGUAGACUUUUCCUGUAAGGAAGGGUAUCGAUUAGAAGGCCAACCUUCUAGUCAGUGUGUAAUUGUUGGACAGAAUGCUUUAUGGACCAAGAUGCCAACAUGUAAAGAAAUUCUUUGCCCAGCACCUCCUCCUAUUCUCCAUGGAAGACAUACAGGCAGCUCUUCAGUGAACGUUCCAUAUGGAAGCAGAGUCACUUACACUUGUGACUUGGACCCAGAGAAAGGAGUGAACUUCAUCCUUAUUGGGAAGAACACUAUCUACUGUACCGCUGAUAGUCAGAAGACUGGGACCUGGAGUGGCCCUGCCCCACGCUGUGAACUUUCUGUUUCUGGGGUGCAGUGUCCACCUCCCAAAAUCCUAAGAGGCCGCAUAUUAUCAGGGCAGAAAAAUCAAUAUUCCUAUAACGACACUGUGGUAUUUGCUUGCGCGUUUGGCUUCACCUUGAAGGGCAGCAAGGGAAUCCGAUGUAAUGCCCAGGGCACAUGGGAGCCUCCAGAACCAGUCUGCGAAAAGGAGUGCCAAGCCCCUCCUAAAAUCCUCAAUGGGCGAAAGGAAGACAGACACAUGAUUCGCUUUGACCCUGGAACAUCCAUAAAAUAUAGCUGUGACCCUGGCUAUGUGCUGGUGGGAGAAGAAUCCAUACAUUGUUCCUUUGAGGGGGUGUGGAUACCCACUGCCCCCAAAUGCAAAGUGGCAGAGUGUAAACCUAUAGGAGAGCAACUCUUUGUAAAACCCCAGGAUCAAUUUAUCAGAUCAGAUGUUAACUCUUCUUGCGGUGAAGGGUACCGGUUAGGUGAGAGUGUUUAUCAGCUGUGUCAAGGCACAAUUCCUUGGUAUGUGGAGAUUCGUCUUUGUGAAGAAAUCACCUGCCCACCACCCCCUGUUAUCUACAAUGGGAUAUACACAGGGAUUUCCUCAGAAGACAUUCCGUAUGGAACUACAGUCACUUACACAUGUAACCCCGGGCCAGAGAAAGGAGUGAAAUUCAACCUCAUUGGGGCGAGCACCAUCCAUUGUAUCAGCAACAAUCAAAAGAGGGGCAUCUGGAGUGGCCCUGCUCCUCUUUGUAAACUUUCCCUCCCUGCUGUUCAGUGCUCACAUGUCCAUGUUGCAAAUGGAUACAAGGUGUCUGGCAAGGAAGCCCCAUAUUUCUACAACGACACUGUGACAUUCAAGUGUGAUCAUGGAUUUACUUUGAAGGGCAGCAGUCAGAUUCGUUGCAAAGCCAAUAACACCUGGGAUCCUGAAAUACCAGUUUGUGAAAAAGACUGCCAGCCACCUUCUGGGCUUCACCAUGGUCGGCAUACGGGUGGAAAUAGGGUCCUCUUUGUCUCUGGGAUGACAGUAGACUACACCUGUGACCCUGGCUACUUACUUGUGGGAAACAAAUCCAUUUACUGUAUGCCUUCAGGAAAUUGGAGUCCUUCUGCCCCUCGGUGUGAAGAAGCACCGUGUCAGCCGGUGAGACACCAAGAGCUUCCACUUGAUUCGCACGUGGUACAAGUCAAUACAUCCUGCAAAGAUGGGUACCAGUUGACUGGACAUGCUUAUCGGAAGUGUCAAGAUGCUGAGAAUGGGGUUUGGUUCCAAAAGAUUCCACUUUGUAAAGUUAUUCAGUGUCAACCUCCGCCAGUGAUUGACAAUGGGAGGCUCACAGGUGUGAUGGCACAACACUUUCUAUAUGGAAAUGAAGUCUCUUACGCAUGUGACCAAGGAUUCUAUCUUCUGGGACAGAAAAGCAUACGAUGCAUAAGUGAUUCUAAAGGACAUGGAUCUUGGAGUGGACCUCCCCCACAGUGUUGGUCUCUAGGUCAAUGCAAAGCCCCGGAGUGGUUGCCAUUUGCCAAGCCUACAACAUUGACUGGAGAGAAUGAGUUUCCCAUUGGGACGUCUUUGAAGUAUAAGUGCCGCCCUGGUUACUACCAGAGAGAGUUCUCUAUCACCUGCCUACCAAAUUCGGUCUGGUCAACUGCUGAGAACAUCUGUAAACGUAAACAAUGUAGAUCUCCUCCAGAACCCACAAAUGGCAAAAUGGUCGUAAAUGGAGACAUCCAGUUUGGAUCAACUGUUAAUUAUUUGUGUAAUGAAGGAUACCGACUCAUUGGUCACUCCUCUACAACAUGCAUCAUCUCAGGAAAUACUGUCAUCUGGGAUAAUGAAGCACCUGUUUGUGAGAGUAUUCCUUGUGGGCCACCCCCAGCCAUCGCCAAUGGAGAUUUCAUUAGCACCAACAGAGAAUAUUUUCCAUAUGGAACGGUGGUGACCUAUUACUGCAAUCCUAGAGAGAGAAGGAUAAAGCUGUUUCACCUCAUCGGUGAGCCGUCAAUAUACUGCACCAGCCUCGACAAUCAAGUUGGCGUCUGGAGCGGCCCUCCCCCUCAGUGCAUUGUACCUAAUACGUGCACGCCUCCAGACGUUGAAAAUGGAAUCAGGGUGUCUGAGAACAGAAGCUUCUUUCCCUUAAAUGAAAUCGUGGAGUUUAGGUGUCAGCCCGGCUUUGUCAUGAAAGGACCCUCCAGUGUGCGAUGCCAGGCCCAAAACAAAUGGGUGCCGGAGCUGCCGAGCUGCUCCAGGGCAUGUCAGCCACCUCCAGAAAUUCCAUAUGGUAAGCACACCCCAAGCAACAAGGACAACUUUUCCCCUGGGCAGGAAGUGUUCUACAGCUGUGAGCCCGGCUAUGAUCUCAGAGGAGCUGCCUCUUUGUCCUGUACACCCCAGGGAGACUGGAGGCCAGAAGCCCCAAGAUGUGCAGGAAAAUCAUGUGCUGACUUCCUGGACCAGCUCCCUAAUGGCCGAAUACUAUUUCCACUUAACCUCCAGCUUGGGGCAAAAGUGUCCUUCGUUUGUGAUGAGGGAUUCCAAUUAAAAGGCAAUUCUGCUAGCCAUUGCAUCUUGGUUGGAAUGGAAAGCCUUUGGAAUAGCAGUGUUCCUGUGUGUGAACAAAUCUUGUGUCCAAAUCCUCCAGAUAUCCUGAAUGGGAGACACACAGGAAAACCUCUGGAGGUCUUUCCUUUUGGAAAAGAAGUAACUUACACAUGUGACCCCCACCCAUACAGAGGGAUGACCUACAAUCUCACUGGGGAGAGCACCAUCCGCUGCACAAGUGACAGUCAAGGGAAUGGAAUUUGGAGCAGCCCUGCCCCUCGCUGUGUACUUCCAGGUUACUGUAACUCCCCAGAUCAUUUUCAAUUUGCUAAGUUGAAAAUCCAAACCAAUGAAUCUGUGUUUCCCAUUGGGACAUCUUUAAAGUAUGAAUGUCGCCCUGAAUUCUACAGGAGGUCAUUCUCCAUCACAUGUCUAGAAAACCUGACGUGGUCAAAUGCCAAAGAUGUCUGUAAACGUAGAUCAUGUAAAACUCCUCCAGAUCCUAUGAAUGGCGUGGUGCAUGUAGACACAGACACCCAGUUCGGAUCCAGAAUUAAUUAUUCUUGUAAUAGAGGGUAUCGACUCAUUGGUCAGUCAUCUGCUAAAUGUAUCAUCUCAGGCAACACUGUCAGUUGGGAGACGGAGCCACCAAUUUGCGAACGUAUUCCUUGUGGGCCACCCCCAGCCAUCGCCAAUGGAGAUUUCAUUAGCACCAACAGAGAAUAUUUUCCAUAUGGAACGGUGGUGACCUAUUACUGCAAUCCUAGAGAGAGAAGGAUAAAGCUGUUUCACCUCAUCGGUGAGCCGUCGAUAUACUGCACCAGCCUCAACAAUCAAGUCGGCAUCUGGAGCGGCCCUCCCCCUCAGUGCAUUGUACCUAAUACGUGCACGCCUCCAGACGUUGAAAAUGGAAUCAGGGUGUCUGAGAACAGAAGCUUCUUUCCCUUAAAUGAAAUCGUGGAGUUUAGGUGUCAGCCCGGCUUUGUCAUGAAAGGACCCUCCAGUGUGCGAUGCCAGGCCCAAAACAAAUGGGUGCCGGAGCUGCCGAGCUGCUCCAGGGUAUGUCAGCCACCUCCAAAAAUCCUCCAUGGUAGGCACAUCACAAGCAACAAGGACGAAUUCUCCCCUGGGCAGGAAGUGUUCUACAGCUGUGAGCCCGGCUAUGAUCUCAGAGGGGCUGCUUCUCUGCGCUGUACGCCCCAGGGAGACUGGAGCCCAGAAGCCCCAAGAUGUGCAGUGAAAUCAUGUGCUGACUUCAUAGACCAGCUCCCUAAUGGCCGUAUACUCCUUCCACUUAAUUUCCAGCUUGGGGCAAAAGUGUCCUUCAUUUGUGAUGAGGGGUUCCAUUUAAAGGGAAGUUCUGCUAGUUACUGUAUCUUGGUUGGAAUGGAAAGCCUUUGGAAUAACAGUGUUCCUGUGUGUGAACAAAUCUUUUGUCCAAAUCCUCCAGCUAUCCUUAACGGGAACCACACAGGAACUUCUCUGGGAGACAUUCCCUAUGGAAAAGAAAUAUCUUACACAUGUGACCUCCACCCAGACAGAGGGAUGACCUUCAACCUCAUUGGGGAGCGCACCAUCCGCUGCACGAGUGAUAGUCAAGGGAACGGGAUUUGGAGCAGCCCUGCCCCUCGCUGUGAACUUUCUGGUCCUGCUGGUUACUGUAAAGCCCCAGAGCAGUUUCCAUUUGCCAAGCCUACAACCCUGACUGAUGAGUCUGAGUUUCCAAUUGGGACAUCUUUGAAUUAUGAAUGCUCCCCUGGGUAUUUUGAGAAUAUGUUCUCUAUCACCUGCUUAGAAAACUUGGUCUGGUCAAGUGCUGAAGAUAUCUGUAGACGAAAAUCAUGUGGAACUCCUCCAGAACCCUUCAAUGGCAUGGUGCAUAUAAACACAGAUACCCAGUUUGGAUCAACAGUUAAUUAUUCUUGUAAUGAAGGGUAUCGACUCAUUGGCUCCCUGUCUGCUGCUUGUCUCCUCUCAGGCAAUAAUGUCACGUGGGAUAAAGAGGCACCUCUUUGUGAGAGUAUAUCUUGUGAGCCACCCCCAGCCAUAUCCAAUGGAGACUACUACAGCAGCAAUGGAAAUGUUUUUAAAUAUGCAACAGUGGUCACUUAUCGGUGUCUCACUGGGCCAGAUGGAGAAAAGCUAUUUGACCUCGUGGGAGAACAGUCGAUUUUCUGUACCAGCAAAGACAAUCAGCUUGGAGUUUGGAGCAGCCCUCCUCCUCAGUGUGUUUCUGCUAGUAAAUGCACAACUCCAGAAGUUGAAAAUGGAAUUAGACUAUCCGGAAAUAAGAGUUUAUUUUCCUUAAGUGAGAUUGUGAGAUUUAGAUGUCAGCCUGGCUUUGUCAUGAAAGGGUCCAACGUUGUGCAAUGCUGGGCCAACAACACAUGGGUUCCUGAGCUGCCAAGCUGUUCCAGGGCAUGUCAGCUGCCUCCAGAAAUCCCACACGGGAAGCACACUCCAAACAACAAGGAUGACUUUUCCCCUGGCCAGGAAGUGUUCUACAGCUGUGAGCCCGGCUAUGAUCUCAGAGGGGCUGCUUCUCUGCGCUGUACGCCCCAAGGAGACUGGAGCCCAGAAGCCCCAAGAUGUGCAGUGAAAUCAUGUGCUGACUUCCUGGACCAACUCCCUAAUGGUCGGGUGCUCUUUCCACUAAAUUUCCAGCUUGGGGCAGAAGUGUCCUUCGUUUGUGAUGAGGGGUUCCGAUUAAAAGGCAGCUCCACUAGUCGUUGUGUCUUGGUUGGAAUGAUAAGCCUUUGGAACAGCAGUGUUCCUGUGUGUGAGCAAAUCUUUUGUCCAAAUCCUCCGGCUAUCCUUAACGGGCGCCACACAGGAACUUCUCUGGGAGACAUUCCCUAUGGAAAAGAAAUUACUUACACAUGUGACCCGCACCCAGUCAGAGGGAUGACCUUCAACCUCGUCGGGGAGAGCACCAUCCGCUGCACAAGUGACAGUCAAGGGAAUGGGUUCUGGAGCAGCCCUGCCCCUCGCUGUGAACCUUCUGGUUCUGCUGCAUGCCCACAUCCACCCAAGAUCCACAAUGGGCAUAAGAUUGGAGGGCGUGCAUCUCCGUAUCUUCCUGGGAUGACUGUCACCUACACUUGUGACCCAGGCUACCUGUUGGUGGGAAACGCCUUCAUUUUCUGUACAUACCUGGGAACCUGGAGCCAGUCUGAUCAUUAUUGCAAAGAGGUAAAAUGUAGCCUCCCACAGUUUAUGAAUGGAAUCCAGAAGGAGAUGAAAAUUAAAAACAUCUAUCACUAUGGAGAUAAUGUAACUUUGGAGUGUGAAGAUGGAUAUAGUCUGAAAGGCAGUCCCCAGAGCCAGUGCCAGGCAGAUAACACAUGGGACCCUCCUCUGGCCAUAUGUACAUCUCGCCCACGUGAUGCUCUCAUAGUCGGCAUAUUCUUCGGUAUGAUCUUCUUUAUUGUACCCAUCAUUAUUUCCUGUUGGAUGGUUCUAAAACGCAAAAAAGGCAAUAAUACCGAUGGAAAAUCUAAAGAAGUGAUUAUCCAUUUACAUCCCCAACAAGGCAACUGUGUUCAGCCUCAAAGUCUGCAAACAAAUCAGGAGAAUGGCAGUGAAUAAAGAAAAACCUCCCUCAAAAUGGAGUCAGGAGGCCCUGACGGUGGAGCCCUCAUGCAUUACCACUCCUCCUGCUUACAGCCCCAGCAAGAGAGGAAGAUUUCCUCCUCACCCAGCAACAGCAAGCAGCCAAUGAGAAGCCACCACCACUUCGAGCUCCUGGUUUCCUCCAAUGAACUGCUUAAAACAGCUCCUUCCCACUUUCUCCCUUCCUUCGUUCUCUGGAUUUGUCUGUAUGGUUCACUAUAGUUUCCACGUCCCAAAUUGCAAUUCCUCUGUUAUUUCCUAAUAAACUACAUUUUGCUUACCAUUUU